GUGCUUGAGUUUAAUGGACUCCCAGGCACCUUACCAACCCCCGGCGCGUCUUUUCACCUGCAGCUGCCACGCCGAGUUUGGUUCUCACCCCGCGGCAUGGGGGACCAGGUGUGACCACGAGUCUCCCUCCGAGCUAUUGAGAACCGCAAGGUGCCACAGCAGCAAUGGACAAAAGUAAUCCGAUAAAUCAGGACUUGCUGUACGAAGAUGUCCUCUACACGCUCGUGCACCAGCCCGACGUGAAGAAGAAACCAACUCACACCAAGGAAUUGAUGUGGCACCUCCAGAAGGUUUUCGACAAGAGUGCAUCCGACCACGAAUCCAUUCUCAAGAAAGUGGAAUCUGCAGAGGCCCCAACGUUUUCUCUGAAGGUGACCGUGAGCAGCGCUCACAAACUGGAGCCGAAGGACACUGAUGGGACCAACAGCCCGUACUGCACACUGGGCAUCGUCCACGGAGUGGCAGACGCCUCCAAGAUGACGGAGGACAUGCUGUUCGAAGCGGACCUGCUGGAGAAAACGAACCGGCAGCAAAAGACCCUGGAGCCCGUUUGGAACGAGACGUUUCUGCUGGAAGUGGAGUCCAUGGAGAGCGAUCUCUUCUGUCUCUACAUUUGGAGCCACCACCAGUCGUCGAUGGUGAAACAGCUGCGGAGAGUCAACUCGUUGGCAGGAGUACGCAACAUGGGCAAGAUUGUGAUUAGAAAUUCGCUCAAAGCAAGAACGGAAAAUGUUGACGUCUUCCUUGGACGACUGUGUUUGCCACUGAAGGGUUUCCCGUGCGGGCCCCACGAGAUGUCCUACAAACUCCAGCCACGCUCGCGCAAGUCCACCGUGCGUGGAGACUGCAAACUCACCACAACGUUCGUGGUGGAAAGCCAGUCGCAGCGAUGCACAGGCCUGGGUGCGGUGGGAGUCUCCCGCCUGCAGACCUACAGGGGCCUGCUGGAGGUGCUGCUGCAUUGGGAAGUAGAACAACAGGCCGCCGUGCAUCUCGGCGAAGCCAGCGCCCGCCUGCUGGCCCAGCUCGGCCAGCAGGCCAACCUCUCAGCCCAGCAGCGGAACCUCGCUGAGUGGACGGUGUACAGCAGGCACACCCAGAGGAAGGAGCUGGAUUAUCUCCUCAAGCUGCUGCGAGACAUUAACAGAAAUUGGGAGAAGGGCGCUGUUCAAGACCUGGAAGGCGAUCUGCAGCGGAGCUUCCGAGAUUUUACCGCCGUCGCCACGGCGAAGCUCAGAGACUUGGAGAAGAGCUUCCCGCUCUCGCAACCGGAGUCGCUGGCUCACCUGAAGACUCUCCUGGAGUGCCUGUGCGAGGUGUUCACAUGCAGGGGCAACAUGGACGGCACUGCACCCGCCGCAAGCCUGGCCAUCAUCCAGCAGGCCCUGGCGGAAGGAGCUGAAUGCUGGUACAAUGAGAAGAGGGCACCGAUAAUCUCCGAGAAGUCCACGCAAGAGCACCUGGACAGUCUCGUGGGCCUGUGCGAGGAAAUGAACAACCACCUACAAAGCAGUCCCUACAGCAAACUCUUCACCGACGUGGCGAGCGUGAACAUCAACGCCGUUCGCUAUCAAGCGAUGGAGAAGCUGGUGGCGGCCGACGUCUCGUCGGCCAUGAGGAGCUUCUCCGAGCUGGACGACUCCGUGGCGGACAUCAUCCACAGGCUGUACACGGCCGUGCAGGGCCUGCACCAGCUUGGCACUCAGCUGCUCGCUCGAAAGGCCCUGGAGGCGACGUUACUAUCGUCGUUCCACGAGUGGUUCCACUCGGCCAUCCACGACUGGCUGCUCGUGUGCUUCCGGAAGUCUCGCCAGGUCACCUCGCUCGCCGUCGAGAAGGACUCGCUGAAGACGGAAAGCUCAUCGGUGGACUACAGCAGCUCGGCGUUCGACAUGGUGUCCUGGUUCACGAACAUGCACAAGUUCUGGCUGCGACUCGCCUGGCCUGACUCUAAAGGAUCCAUCGGUUUAGCGAUGAGGAUCAUCAAGGAUAUCUUCGGGAUGGCGCAGUACUACGUGGAGAUGAUGGAGACGAAGCUCAAGACGCAAGUGUGUCCCCCGAGCAACGGGGGACAGUUCCUGCUCUCCGUGGAGGUGUGCACGGCCCUGAACAGCGUGCAGCACGUGCGGGCGGUGCUGCUCUCAAUCCCCGAGCAGUGGGAGCUCGACCCCGCGCAGAGGGUGGACGGGGCCAGUGGCGACGAGGGCCGCCGCACGCUGGGCGAGUGCCUGCAGAAGUACCAUGGCGGCAUCCGGGAGGUCGCCGACAAACUCUUCAACUGGAUCACGGAACUGAUCCUGUCCGACUUCAAGAAAAGCCUCAAUGACGGCUGUGAUUUGGAAGCGGUCGCGAUGGGGGUCGGCGCCGCCGGAGCCGCCGGCGCCGCCGGAGCCAGCGCGGCGAAAAGAGCGGAGGGGAAGCGCGAGGAGCGGAGCGACCCCCGGACCCCCCCCCCGCCCCAGUCGCCCACCAGAGAGGCUGCCAUGCCACUGCUGGACAAACUCGAUAUUAACCUGAAAAUCUUGCACGAAAACGUUUCCAAAGAGACCUUCCAAAGCAUCCUGGCCUUCCUUUGGCACAACAUUGUGGACAUGUUCAGCAAGGGCUUGCAUGAAAACGUGGAGCACACGAAGGAAUAUUACAAAAAAAUCCACAAUGUCCUUGAGGCUUUGAAGCAGAUGGAGAUUGCGGACGGUCACGGGCUGCCAGCGGACUCGGUUCACAGCAAGGAAUGCAGAGAUUUGGAGAGAAAACUGAAAUUGCUUCGGUGCGACACCAAAGAGCUGAUCUGUCUCUAUUUCCAAGAGAUGGGGAACGAGGUGCCAGAAGCGGCGAGCCAGCGAGCGACCAUCACGGUGCAGUGCUCCUACAGUCGGCGGAGCCUCGUGGUCAACAUCCUCAACGUGAAGAACCUCUCGCCGCCCGAGAAAGCCAGUGCGCCGGAGAUGAUCUACAUCCAGGUGAGGAUGUGCCCGCCGCACGUUUUUCCGAGCACUUCGAAAAUGAAGACCUCGUCCUUCAAGCAGGACACCUCGCUCAUCAUCGACGAGACGAUCAGAUUCGAGGUGGACGAGGAGCAGGCGAGGAACGGCAGCUCGUGCCUGCUGCUGCGCGUCAAGAACAAGAGCACGCUGCUCACCGACGUGCUGGGCGAGGCCGUGCUGCUGAUGAGCACGGUGCCGGGAGUGUGCACCGACGGGAGGCCCCAGGGACAGCGCAGCCUCUUGCUGUGGCCGCACAACUACGACAGCGACAUCUUGGCCGUGCUGGACAAGCGCGUGGCCGAGGAAGAGUCGCGCGACUUCCUGCAGGCGCUGGGCCGGCUCGAGAGCCCGGCCCGCAGCUCCGUGCGGCGGAUCACGCAGAGAAGCUCCACCAUGAGGAACAGCAUACGCAUCCUGAAGUUAAAGGCGUUCAAGCGAUGAGGGAGCCAUGGAAGAGACCCCACCUUCGACCCGGCUCGUUUCCCUUCCCGUUUGGUCACAAUAGUUUUUCGCCGAAAAAAAAAAAA